AUGGCGUCAACGUCGCUCGCUGCGUCCGAACAGGCACAGUAUCCAGAGCAUGAUCUAUCAGAGUUCCCAGUCGCCCUCAAGGGGAAGCGCAUCCUCCUCUGCACCGAGUCCUUUGGCCCCGUCAACGGAGUGAGCCGGACAACCCUCAUGCUGGUCAACCACCUGCGCGACCACGGCGUCCAGGUUGCAGUGGUCGCUCCUCACAACCACACCAACCACAACACCUUUUCGCCUCCUCCGUCUCCCAGCCUCUCUCCUGUGGAUAAGCAGCCCGAGGUCCGCCUCACGGGCUACCCCUUACCGUUCAACCCGGAGCUGUCGAUUGUCUAUCCCGUCCGCAACUCGACGCUCUACGCUCGCACCUUUGGCAGCGAUGCGCCGCCGGACCUCAUCUACCUCGCUUCCCCGGCUAGUCUGGGCUUCCAAGUCAUGCUGCAGCUGAGACAGCAGCCCAAAGAGAAGCAGAUUCCCAUCAUAUGCAAUUUUCAGACUGAUCUGGCGGGCUACUGCUCGAUUCUAUUCCCUGCGCCUCUCAGCUACGCGGCCGUCUUUGCCUUUGACGCCGUGCAGAGCUACCUGUUCAGACACUCAUCCAUCAAGACCAUCUUCUACCCGUCCCGAUUCGUCAGGCGGUAUUUGGAAGGCCAAAGAGUUCAGCCUAGCAAGCUCGAGAUCCUAACGAGAGGCGUCAACACAACCAUGUUCAACCCGAGCCGCCGGAGCGAGGCCCUCCGAAAGGAGAUUGCGCCCAAUGGAGAAAUCAUCUUUGUCACAGUCUCGCGAAUUGCAGGGGAAAAGGGCUUCGACUUCCUGGCCAAGGUGGCGAAAGAGCUAGACGCCAGGGGCCUUGCCUUCAAGAUGGUAAUUGUCGGAGGGAAUCGAAACCCGGAUGUCGAAAAGGAGGUCCAAGAGCUUUUCGACCCUCUCAGGGAAAAAGCCACCGUCAGCUUUGCCGGCUUCAAGGUCGGCGAGGACCUCGCGACGUACUACGCCAGCGGCGAUGUCUUCUUGCACUGCUCCGUCACGGAAACAUUCGGCCUGGUUGUGCUCGAGUCCAUGGCCAGCGGUGUCCCCGUGGUUGCUCGCGACGAAGGCGGUCCUUCGGAUAUCGUGGCCGAUGGCAAGACGGGCUACUUGAUCCCCCCUGAUGACCUGGACGGAUUCGUCGCCAAGGCCGUCCGGCUUGCCGAGGAUCACCAGCUGCGCUUCAAGAUGGCCAAGGAUGCCCGUCUCGCUGCUUGCGAAGCCACCUGGGACAAGAUCAACAACAAGGUUGCCUGGCGCAUGGCCGACACCAUUGCCCAGCGCGAGAGGGAGCAAGGCUUCAAGCCGCAACCUGCCAAGGCCGUGACAACGACCGCCCAGCAGCUGGUGCCUGUGUACGGCUGGCUCAUGAUGAACAAUGCUCUCCGGGAGACUGUCACGCGCGGCGUCGUUGAUGCCAGGCUGAUGGGCGGCCUGGGCGUCAUUCUGAGCUUCUGGGUCGUUACUGGUGCGUAUGUUGUUUUCUCUGAAGGCUUGCUAUGGGCCAAAGGCCGGAUUCGCAAGUCUGCGCCUGCGAAUUGA